AUGACUGCAGAGAGUCAUAGCUGGGGCUGGGACCUUCUUCGGAGCUGCAGGAGCGAAGCUACCGACGCGAUCUCGGAAGCCGACUCCCCCGUGGACGGGCAGCCAGAAAGCGAGCAGAGCCCUGACAGCUCUCCGGAGGUUGGCGCAGAGGAGUCCAGCGAAAGAGAUCCUGAAGAUGGCAGCCGCAGCAGUCCUGUUCGCGGCAACAGUGGCGACCGCAACGAGGAUGUCAAAAAGCUCCACUUCAUGGAUAAUCCAUACAUCAGUGGCAUAGUCAUCUUCGUGAUCUUGUUCGAUAUGGUCCUGCUAGCCCUCGAGGCAGAGUACUCCGCGCGCCACAAGAACGGCCUGAAAGAUGUUCCCGACCCCUUCAUGUGGGCGAAUCAUGUUGUGGUCGGUGUCUUCGCUUUGGAGAUGCUUUGCAGGUUGUGCGGACGUCAAUGCCGAGAUGUGUUCUUUGUUGUGGACCUGGUGGUGAUCUGCCUUCAGUUCGUAGAUGUUGUCCUCUCCGCGGUAGCCCAGCUCGGGAGCGAGGGUCAUGCAUGCUUGCUCAUCGCCCAGUGCGCGCGCUGGUUUCGCAUCGUGCGCUGUCUGAGAGUCAUCCCCGCCUGCACAAGCACGAAGGUGCAGAUGAACCUUAUGAAAGGAGCCUCGGUGCCCCUCGUGUGGACAGUGUUGGUGCUGGUCUUCGCCAUCUCCACUGUCGCCACUAUGGUCAAGACAGUGGUUGCAGACGCUUGUAAGCAGCCGAACUUCGUCGGGUUCUGCGGGGAGGAUUUCCAGUCGCUUUGGAACAUCUGGUACAACGUCUUCAUGGGGACGUUCGGGGGCCGCCAGUUCUACGAUCUAGUGAAACCGAUGUCGCACGUCAGUGUCCCCGCCUGCAUCAUCCUCAGUGUGUACAUGCCGCUGAUUUACCUGAUGAUGCCGGUGUUAGCGGUUCACCUGAGUCAGAAAGGCGUGGAGCAAUCCAGCGCAGAUCAGGUGAAAGAGCAACUCAAACAACUCUUCAAGGAGAUGUCAGGUGGGAGUGAUAGCAUCGGCCUGGACGAGUUCACAGAGAUCCAAAAGAAGUUCGGGCAGCUUGACAUUUCGACGGAGGACGUCCGCAAGCAAGCGCAAGCUUGCCAUCUCUUUACGCUGAUCGACGAGAGCGGAGACCAGCUUCUGCAGGAGGAAGAGUUUAUCAACGGCAUGAUGCGGGUGCGCGGGACGGCGUCGAAUCUGAAGCUUCGCGAAGUGCAGUGGGAGACGCAGAAUCGCCUGAGCCAGAUCCAUGAGAUGUUGGAAUCAGUAUCAGUGAGCCUCAAAAAGUUGGAAGCCGGAUUAAUUCAGGACAAUUAG